AUUCCAGCUCUACGUUUUUUCGUGAAAGCUUCAAUUUGAAAUUCUAUUAUUUUUUGCUAGAUAUUGUUACCUUUAGUUUAUUGAGGAUGUCAACAGAAGUUUGUGAUGAUGUAUUCAUUAAUGUUACUGAGGACGAAGGUUAUGAGAUGAAGGGUUGUUAUAAAACCGGAUCUGUUGAAGAAGAUCACCACGAAAAAGCCGAAAGUGACAUGAAAUCUCUGAACAGCGACGACCUAAAUGCUAACAAUGCUAAUGUUCGAAGAUAUAGAACAGCAUUUUCAAAAGAGCAAUUGGCUGAACUUGAGGCUGAAUUUUCCAGAGAAAAUUACGUUUCCAGACCUCGUAGAUGUGAGCUUGCAGCCCGACUUCGAUUACCAGAAUCUACAAUAAAAGUUUGGUUUCAAAAUAGAAGAAUGAAAGACAAAAGACAAAGAUUAGCUCUAGCUUGGCCAUAUGCUGCUUUACAACAUGCUGCUUCAGAUCCCGCCUUAGCUGCCCUUGUCCUUAAUGCUGCUUUACACUCCGCAACUGCCCCACAUAGGCAUCACCCUUACUUUGGAGCCUCUCCUGCCUGUCGGUAUCCUCCACAACUAACCAGCAGUUUACCCUCAGCACCUGUAGUUCGUCAUCCUCAUUAUCCUAAUUCUAGCGACCAAGUGCAGUAUUAUGGAACUAAUUCUGCCAUUUCUGUUCCAACUUCCUCUCCGAGUGAAAGUUCUGAUAGUUCUAUUAGAAGAAGAACUUCGUUAUUUCGACCUUUCGAUGAAGAAAAAUCUACAUCAAAAUAAUCUGCAUCAGCUCAUUUAUAUAAUUUUUAUAUUUAUAAAAAUUUUUACUAUAUAAUUUUCAGGAGACAACAUACUUAUAUGACAUUAUAUGAUGUAUUUUAAUUUAUAAAUGUUAUGAUUAUUGAGACAUUGGUAUUGUAUAUGUAUAUACAAAUAAUUACUUGUAUACAUACAUGUUUACGCAUAGAUACAGUAUUUAAAGUAUACAUAUUUAUUUGAUCAGAUAGACCAUUGCAUAAAACAUGCCUUAUAUGAGGCAUACAGGCUAUGUAUGUCUAAUAUUUAUGUAUUUCAUAUAUACAAUGUGUAUAUAAUCACGUGUUAUAUAUAGUAAAGCAAACGCUUGCAUCUAGUUUCCCAUUAUUCAAAUGUUAUUGUGUCAUAAAUAAUAAAUCGAAUGAGGUACAAUAAAUCUAUAGGCGGUGUCACCAAUAUGCAUAUAUAGAUGGUUAGAAAAUUUUAUAUUCUCGUGCAACAUUAUACAUUGACAAGUGUAAUAAAUUUUGCAUAAAAUAUAGAGUAUAUUACUUAUACUCGUUCAAAAUUUUGGCCUGUAACUCAAUUAUGAAUAUGUAAUUAAGCACUGGCGUUAAUGGGCUAGUUAUGAGCGUCAUUCAUCAUUGUAAUGUACACAUAGCGUGCCACUAAUUGUAUACAUUUGAAUUCAAGUUGAUUGACUUUAUUUGUUAGUUUGUAUUUGUAAGAGCAAUUAUUCACUAUGAUUGCUUCUCAUUCGAUUUAUUGAUUGCAUAAAACUUCUCUUCUUAAAUUAAUUUCUUGUUCACUGUAGCCAACUAUAUGACACUUUUACAAUUCUACCAACUAAUAAA